AUGAGUUUCGACCUGGACAGCUGCAUCGAGCAGUCGCUCAAGAAGCAGCUCCUCGGAGAGUCACUCAUCAAGGAGCUGUGCGAGAAGACAAAGGAACUCCUCAUCAGAGAGUCCAAUGUCGUCCACAUCUCUGCCCCCGUCACCGUCGUAGGUGACAUACACGGACAAUUCUACGACCUCGUCGAGAUCUUCAAGAUUGGCGGCUAUUCGCCUCACACGAACUAUCUCUUCCUGGGGGACUAUGUCGACCGCGGUCUGUUCAGCGUGGAGACCAUCACGCUCCUCACCUGCCUCAAGCUUCGUUACCCUGAGCGCGUCCAGCUGAUCCGCGGCAAUCACGAGUCACGAGCGGUCACCCAGACAUACGGCUUCUAUGCUGAAUGUCAGCGCAAGUAUGGCUCGGCCAACGUUUGGACCUAUUUCACCGACAUGUUUGACUUUCUCACGCUCAGCGUCGUCGUCGACGACCGCAUCUUCUGCGUUCACGGAGGCUUGUCGCCGUCUCUACAUUGCAUCGACCAAAUCAAGAUCAUCGACAGGUUUCGUGAGAUCCCCCAUGAGGGACCGAUGGCAGAUCUCGUCUGGUCCGAUCCAGAUCCCGACAAGGAGGAUUUCGCAAUCUCGCCGAGGGGCGCUGGCUACACAUUCGGCGCCCAAGUCGUGAAGAAAUUUCUCGAGAUCAACGACAUGAACCAUAUCUUACGGGCUCACCAGCUCUGCAUGGAGGGCUUCGCCGUGCUGUACGACGACAGACUCUCGACCGUCUGGUCGGCUCCUAAUUAUUGCUAUCGGUGCGGCAAUGCUGCCUCGAUCCUCGAGAUCGGACCGGGCGGGGAAAAACAUUUCAACGUUUUCGAAGCCGCACCAGAGAACGAGGUCGACGGUCCCCAGCAGGCCAAUGAUGCCGCGCGCAACCCGCAGCCGCAAGCGAUCUCCUACUUCUUGUGA